CCCGUGGCGUCCUCCGCCGGGAGGAGAGGCGGGAGACCGGCGACGCGGUGCAGCUCCAGGAAGCGGGAAGCGAGCGUAGCCACCGGGCUGGAUGGAUGCCUCACUCGCCCCGGCGGUCCCCAGGAUGCCCCCGAGGUCCUGCGCGCCCGGGCCCGGCCCGGGGCUCUGAGCGCACCCCCCCCUCCCGCCCCCUUGUACAGGAUUCUGUACCAAAAGUGUGUGGAAUCGAUUGCUCUGUUGGAUUGUUCGGUUGGUCAACAAUAGAAAGCCAGCAGCAAGGUUUUGCUGCGUCUCCAUUCCUUUUCCAAGAUGGAGCCCAUCACCUUCACAGCGAGGAAGCAUCCAUUUCCUAAUGAAGUCUCUGUGGACUUCGGCCUUCAGCUGGUGGGCUCUUUGCCUGUGCAUUCUCUCACCACCAUGCCCAUGCUGCCAUGGGUGGUGGCUGAGGUGCGAAGACUCAGUGGGCCAUCCUCCAAAAAUGAGCCUGCCACGAAGCAAGUGCGACUUUGGGUUUCACCCUCCGGACUGAAAUGUGAACCUGACCCCGGGAGAAGUCAACAAUGGGACCCGCUGAUCUGCUCCAGCAUCUUUGAGUGCAAGCCUCAGCAUGUGCACAAACUGAUUCACAAUAGUCACGACCCCAGUUACUUUGCUUGUCUCAUUAAGGAAGAUGCUGCGCACCGGCAGAGUAUCUGCUAUGUCUUCAAAGCCGAUGAUCAGACUAAAGUGCCUGAGAUCAUCAGCUCCAUCCGACAGGCCGGCAAGAUCGCCCGCCAGGAGGAGCUGCGCUGCCCCUCCGAGUUCGACGACACCUUCGCCAAGAAGUUUGAGGUGCUCUUCUGUGGCCGUGUGACAGUGGCCCACAAGAAGGCCCCACCAGCCCUGAUCGACGAGUGCAUCGAGAAGUUCAACCACGUGAGCUGCCGCCGGAGGGCGGACUGGGAUGCCGCCGCCCCUUCCGGGGAGCUGGGGCCAGGGGAGCCCCGCAGGCCCAUGCGCAAGUCCUUCUCGCAGCCCGGCCUGCGCUCACUGGCCUUCCGGAAGGAGUUCCAGGAUGCCAGCCGGCGGAGCAACAGCUUCUUCAGCUCCUUCGAGGAAUGCGACAUCGAGAACCACCUCAUUAGUGGACACAAUAUCGUACAGCCAACAGAUAUGGAGGAAAAUCGAACUAUGCUCUUCACGAUUGGCCAGUCUGAAGUUUACCUCAUCAGUCCUGACACCAAAAAAAUAGCAUUGGAGAAAAAUUUUAAGGAGAUAUCCUUUUGCUCUCAGGGUAUCAGACAUGUGGACCAUUUUGGGUUUAUCUGUCGGGAGUCUUCUGGUGGCGGCGGUUUUCAUUUCGUCUGUUACGUGUUCCAGUGUGCAAAUGAAGCUCUGGUUGAUGAAAUCAUGAUGACUCUGAAGCAGGCUUUCACGGUAGCCGCGGUGCAGCAGACAGCAAAGGCGCCAGCCCAGCUAUGUGAGGGCUGCCCUCUUCAAGUACUGCACAAGCUCUGUGAGCGGAUCGAGGGAAUGAAUUCUUCUAAAACCAAAUUAGAACUUCAAAAGCACCUGACAACACUGACAAAUCAGGAACAGGCAACUAUUUUCGAGGAAGUUCAGAAAUUGAGACCAAGAAAUGAGCAGCGAGAGAAUGAAUUAAUUAUUUCUUUUCUGAGAUGUUUAUAUGAAGAGAAACAAAAAGAACACAACCACAUUGGAGAGAUGAAACAGAUUACAGCAGAGAAUAUUGGAAGUGAAUUACCACCUAGUGCCACUCGACUUAGGCUAGAUAUGCUGAAAAACAAAGCAAAGCGAUCUUUAACAGAAUCUUUAGAAAGUAUUUUAUCCCGGGGCAAUAAGGCCAGAGGCCUGCAGGAACAUUCCUCCAGUGCAGAUCUGGACAGCUCUAUGUCUAGUACAUUAAGUAAUACCAGCAAGGAGCCAUCCACGGGUGACAGGGAGGCCUUGCCUAAUUCUGAAAGCUCCUUCAAGCUCCUCAGCUCCUCAGAUGACCUGUCCAGUGACUCGGAGAGCCACCUCCCAGAAGAACCUGCCCUGCUGUCACCCCAGCAGACCUUCCGAAGACGAGCGAACACCCUGAGCCAUUUCCCGGUGGAAUGCCCAGAGCCUUCGGAACCUGUGCGAGGAUCUCCAGGAGUCUCUCAAAGAAAACUUUUGAGCAUCUCCUACCGUAAUGCCCUGCGGAAAAAACUUCAUUCUUCCUCCUCUGUGCCAAAUUUUCUAAAAUUUCUGGCUCCUGUAGAUGAAAAUAACACCUCUGACUUUAUGAACACAAAAAGGGACUACGAAUCCAAAGCUAAUCACCUGGGUGACUUGGACACGACUCCCGUGAAGACGCGGCGGCAUUCGUGGCGCCAGCAGAUCUUCCUCCGUGUGGCCACGCCACAGAAGGCCUGUGAUUCCCCCAGCAGAUAUGAUGAUUAUUCAGAGCUGGGAGAACUUCCCCCACGAUCACCUUUAGAGCCAGUAUGUGAAGAUGGGCCAUUUGGCCCUGUACCAGAGGAAAAGAAAAGGACGUCACGUGAACUUCGGGAGCUCUGGAAAAAGGCUAUUUUGCAACAGAUACUCCUCCUAAGGAUGGAGAAGGAAAAUCAGAAACUACAAGCCUCUGAGAAUGACUUGCUAAAUAAGCGCCUAAAGCUUGAUUAUGAAGAAAUCACUCCUUGCCUAAAAGAAGUAACUACCAUAUGGGAAAAGAUGCUUAGCACUCCCGGAAGAUCAAAAAUUAAGUUUGACAUGGAAAAAAUGCACUCAGCUGUUGGGCAAGGUGUGCCACGUCAUCACCGAGGUGAAAUCUGGAAAUUUCUAGCUGAGCAGUUCCACCUUAAACACCCAUUUCCCAGUAAACAGCAGCCAAAGGAUGUGCCCUACAAAGAACUCUUAAAACAGCUCACCUCCCAGCAGCACGCGAUUCUCAUCGACCUCGGGCGAACCUUUCCAACACAUCCAUACUUCUCUGCCCAGCUUGGAGCAGGGCAGCUGUCACUUUACAACAUUCUGAAGGCCUACUCACUUCUGGACCAGGAAGUAGGAUACUGCCAGGGUCUCAGCUUUGUGGCUGGCAUUUUGCUUCUUCAUAUGAGUGAGGAAGAGGCAUUUAAAAUGCUCAAGUUUCUGAUGUUUGACAUGGGACUGCGAAAACAAUAUCGGCCAGACAUGAUAAUUCUACAGAUCCAAAUGUACCAGCUCUCAAGGCUUCUUCAUGAUUACCACAGAGACCUCUACAAUCACCUGGAGGAGCACGAGAUUGGCCCCAGCCUCUAUGCUGCACCCUGGUUUCUCACAGUGUUUGCCUCGCAGUUCCCAUUGGGAUUUGUAGCCAGAGUCUUUGAUAUGAUCUUCCUUCAGGGAUCAGAAGUCAUAUUUAAAGUGGCUUUAAGUCUUCUGGGUAGCCAUAAGCCCUUGAUUCUACAGCAUGAAAACCUAGAGACCAUAGUGGACUUCAUAAAAAACACACUACCCAACCUGGGCUUGGUACAAAUGGAGAAGACCAUCAACCAGGUAUUUGAGAUGGACAUUGCUAAACAGUUACAAGCUUAUGAGGUUGAGUACCAUGUGCUUCAAGAAGAACUUAUUGAUUCCUCUCCUCUCAGUGACAACCAAAGAAUGGAUAAAUUGGAGAAAACCAACAGCAGCUUACGCAAACAGAACCUUGACCUCCUAGAACAAUUGCAGGUGGCAAAUGGCAGAAUCCAAAGCCUCGAGGCCACCAUAGAGAAGCUGCUGAGCAAUGAAAGCAAGCUGAAGCAGGCCACGCUGGCUUUGGAGCUGGAGCGGUCUGCACUGCUGCAGAUGGUGGAGGAGCUGCGGAGGCCGCCCGCUGAGGCCAGUGAGGGCCCCGGAGCCUGACUGCACCCAGCCCAGCUCUGGAAGGAGACUGCACACCAUCCCACCACUGUCCAGGCCUUAACCCACACAGACACAUAUGCUGGAGGCAGACAAUGGGAAAGCGCACUUCUCAGGGAGGAAACUAGUUCACCAGUGUGCAAAUUCUUUUGAGCUCACACUUGCAAUUCAGAGGACAGACGUCCCAGAGCUUUUUUUUAUUACUGUUUUUGUUGUUUUAGGUUAUGAUUUGUCCCUUCUCACAAUCCUGAUUACUGUUCUCAGUUGCUUUAGAUGGCAUGGACAUGAAUAAAGGCACCUUUAUGUUUCUUCGAUGUUUCCUUUUUCAGUGACACAGUGUUUGCAAAUAGCAUUCAUAACACUAGGAUUACAAAAGUAGAAAGGUCUCAAGACAAAAAUGUAAAUCUAUCACUCUUCAAGAAAGAGCUUGUGUGAUCACUAAGGAAGUGCAGCUAGCCAUAGUCUGUCCAUUUUUUAUUUGUAAUUUUGUGCUGGUACUAGGGCUUGAAUUCAGGACCUGCGUGCUGUUCCUUAGCUGUUUCAAUCAGGGCUCACAAACUCCACAUCUGGCUUGUUGGUGGUUAAUUGGAGAUAAGAGUCUUAAAGCCCAGGUUGGCUCAGAUCUCAGCCUCCUGAGUCACUAGUAAGAGCCUCUGGUGCCCUGUGGUCUGUCCAUUCUUGAUAUGGAAACCUAAAAUGACCAUAGGAAAGAAAGAUAUAUUUAAAUUGGACAUCUUGAAUUAUUUAGCAAAUUUGAUCACUGUCAUUAGUACUUAGAGAAGGUUUGUCUUUAAAAAAUUAGUGUUUUCAUAUGUUUUUGCUUAUCCUUUUAAGUAGAGGUGAUCAAAGUCAUGACGUGUUUUAUGGGAAAAUCAGUUUCUAGAGUCCAUCAGUUAUUGCUAGUGUGUGAUCUGCAGUGUGGGGUCUUAGAUAUUUAUUUCUUUGUGAUGGUUUCAUGUGCACACUAGAGUCAUGUAUUUAUUUUUACCUGUUGUAUGAUGUAUUGCAGUAUCAACACUUUGGAGAUCUGAUUCCUUACAGAAGGGUCAGGAUUUUCAGGGGUGCCCAAGAUUCUGGAUCUUUGAAAAGAGACCAGGCUAAAAUGGCAAUCAGAUAGAUAGCAACUGACAAUUUUUCAAAGGUGGGAUGUGUGUUUUGAAUGGAACUCGGAACACCAUAACACAUCUUUUCUCAGGAUGCUGAGGACCCUGUGCCUUCCAGCAAAGUGCUGCUCCUGGUCACCCUGUGUUUAGCUAGUCACUGUUUAGGGGGCCUCUCAGUGUACUUAGAAGGGGCUAUUUUCUUAGAGCUCUUAGAGAAAGAUUGUGUGACACAGGUGGCCUCCCAAACAGCAAAUUUUUUUUCUGGUCAUUACCUUGUAAUCAUAACCUGUUCCACUUGUCACAAGUCUCUGGACCCUCUUGGUGUUAGGUUCUCUUUUAAGCCUGAGAUAGAAGAAAGGGUCACCAUACUUGGAGUCGUUGUAAUUUCCAAAUGGUGGGUGUGGUUUUAUACUCCCUGCUGCUCCUGGAUCAAAGGAGGGUGGGUCUCAAACGUAACAAGUCCAUUGGUCUCUCUCCCAGAGACACAGGAGUGAACACUUGAGUGUGUCUUUCCAAAUCAAAUUUUGCUAUUUGAUAAAUGUCAGAUUUUGGCCAUCUUAUUACUACAAUUCAAAAACAAUGACUGCACCAAGAAACAACAAAGCAAUAAAACAAUUUAUGCCUA